AAAAUAAGAAAUCAGGAAGGGGGCAAACACUUUUUCACACAACUGUAAAUGUAAAUGACGUGUGUUUCAGCUGGUGAUGGAGUACUGCCUCGGCUCGGCCUCAGACCUCCUGGAAGUCCACAAAAAGCCGCUCCAGGAGAUGGAAAUAGCUGCUAUUACCCAUGGUGCACUGCAGGGAUUAGCAUAUCUUCACUCUCACAACAUGAUCCACCGGGACGUGAAAGCAGGAAACAUCCUGCUGACGGAGCCCGGUCAGGUCAAACUGGGGGACUUUGGUUCUGCCUCCAUCGUGGCUCCGGCCAACUCCUUCGUGGGGACUCCGUACUGGAUGGCUCCGGAGGUGAUCUUGGCGAUGGACGAGGGCCAGUAUGACGGGAAGGUGGACGUCUGGUCGCUGGGCAUCACCUCCAUAGAGCUGGCGGAGAGGAAGCCCCCUCUGUUCAACAUGAAUGCUAUGAGUGCCUUAUAUCACAUCGCUCAGAAUGAAAGCCCCAUCCUUCAGUCCAACCACUGGUCUGAUUCCUUCCGCAACUUCGUGGACUCCUGCCUGCAGAAGAUUCCCCAAGACCGGCCUACCUCUGACGUGCUGCUGAAUCAUCGCUUCCUUUGCCGCGAGCGUCCUCUGACGGUCAUCAUGGACCUGAUCGCUCGCACCAAAGACGCAGUGAGAGAGCUCGACAACCUGCAGUACCGCAAGAUGAAGAAGAUCCUCUUCCAGGAGACGCAGCAGAACGGGCCCGUGUCCGAGGGAGGGGACGAUGAGGAGGAGGUGGAGACGUACCUUCUGCGGACGGGAACAGUCAACAGCAUGGAGAGCUCCCAGUCGGUGCCCAGUAUGUCCAUCUCGGCCAGUUCCCACAGCAGCUCGGUCAACAGUCUGGCCGACGCCUCCGACGACAGCAGCAACGAGAUGGCCAUGAUGCAGGAGGGCGAGCACACCGUCACCUCCAACAGCUCCAUCAUCCACCGACCCACGGGUCAGGAUAACAUCUAUGAUGACCCCUACCAGCCAGAGAUGGACCAACCUCAGGCUCCCUCAGCUGGACGGCGUCGAGCUUAUUACCGCAACCGGGACCACUUUGCCACCAUCCGAACCGCCUCCUUGGUCACCCGUCAGAUCCAGGAGCAUGAGCAGGGCUCGGCUCUGCGGGAGCAGAUGUCCGGGUACAAGCGCAUGAGGCGGCAGCACCAGAAGCAGCUGAUGGGGCUGGAGAACAAGCUGAAGGCGGAGAUGGACGAGCACCAGCUGAAGCUGGACAAAGAGCUGGAGAACCAGAGGAACAGCUUCUCCACCGAGGCCGACAAGCUGUCCAAGAAGCACCAGGCCAUCCUGGAGAAAGAGGUGACGCUAAAGAGACCGUUGCUAAUUUAUUAACGUAUUAUAUUCAUCUCUGAUAUCUGUUUCAUAUUCAUGUGAAAACAUCUCCUUCAAACUACUGGAUUUAUUCAAGUUUAUCACCAA